AUGGCGUCUUCUUGGAGGGACAGUCUGCCUCUAGAGACGAUGGCCAAGGAGAGGCAGAAUCCUCCCUUUAACGUUCGAGCCAUGUCCAUCGCUCAGCACGGCACGGAAAAGGAGCUGCUGUUAAAGGAAAAGUUUAUGCUGGAAAUCUCUAGAGAUCCCAUCUUUUACAUGGGCGAUGUGCACGACUUGACCAAGGAUCAGUUGCGCGAGCGCACCAUGGCCAAGAUUGGAAGUCUGGUGCACUGCGUUCAAAACGAGAGCAUCGAGCAUGUGAGUGGGGCGUGCGUGUGCGUGUGUGGGUGCGGGUGCGGGUGCGGGUGCGGGUGUGCAUGCGCUUGCGCUUGAGCUUACUCUCCCCCGCCUCGUCGCAGUUCACCAAGCGCAUGGAAUUGAUCGGUUUGUGUGAGUAACGGUGCGCGCAUCUCCUCGUCUGGCUUCGCCCUGACAUCCGCCACACACGCGCACGCCCCCCCUCCUCCCGCAGUCGACCCCGGUUUCUGGACUCGUUUCGGCGUGCACUAUGGUCUUUUCCUCGGCGCUAUCCGAUCCGGCGCCACUGCAAACCAAUUCUCCUACUGGAUGGAAAAGGGCGUCGUCUCUUGCAAGGGCAUGUACGGCUGCUUCGGCAUGACCGAGCUCGCCCACGGUUCCAACGUCGCUGGUCUCGAGACAACUGGUGAGUGGUGGAGGUGACGGAGGUAUAUGGGCGCGCGCCGGUACUGACGCGCCCCCGUGCUCUCCCGCGCCGCCUGCCGCGCCCAGCCACGUUCGACGAACAGACGGACGAAUUCGUCGUUCAUACGCCCAACAUUGGUGCCACCAAGUGGUGGAUCGGAGGUGCUGCUCAGACCGCCACGCACUGCUCCGUCUUUGCGCAGAUGAUCAUUCGCGGCAAGAAACACGGUGUCAAGACAUUCAUCGUGCCUCUUCGUGAACCGCAGUCCUUUCAACUCUUGCCAGGCAUCAACAUUGGUGAUAUUGGCAAAAAGAUGGGCCGCGAUGGCAUCGACAAUGGCUACAUUCAAUUCACAAACGUGCGCAUUCCCCGCGCAUACAUGCUCAUGAAGCACACGCAAGUCACGCGAGAGGGACAAGUGUUCGAACCGCCCAUGCAGCAGCUCAGCUACGUCGCCCUGCUUCAAGGUCGCGUGUCGAUGGUGGUGGACACUGCCAACACUGCCAAAAAGGCCCUCACGAUUGCGGUGCGGUAUGCUGCCGUCAGGAGACAGUUCAAGAGCUCGGCAGAGCAGGAGCACGAGACGCCCAUUCUCGAUUACCUGCUCCACCAACGACGUCUCAUGCCCCUCGUCGCGCAGGCCACCGCUUUCGCCUUUACCGCGCUCAAUUUGACCAAGAUGUUCGAAGAGACGAGCGCAUCUUUGGAAGCCAUGGAGCCUGGACCUGAAAUGGAUCGCGCGCUGGAGCAGCUAAAGAGCACGCACAUUUCAUCCAGCGGUCUCAAGGCGCACUGCGUCUGGCAGACGCUCGAAGCGAUCAAGCAAGCGCGUCUUGCUUGUGGCGGACACGGCUACUCUUCCUACAAUGGUUUCGCAUCCAUGGAGGCAGACUUUGCUGUGCACGCGACGUGGGAAGGAGACAAUCACAUUCUCGCUCUGCAAUCCGGCAGGUCCCUCGUCCAGUCGUACCUCGAAGCGCUAGAAGGCAAGAAAUCGGGCGAUGCGACGGAUUACCUCAACGAUCUCGACAAUGUCCUCAAGCGCAAGUGCAAGGGAGGCGAUGCGCUGCUCGACUUGAAGCACAUUGAAGAGGGUUGGGGCACGGUGACUGCUCACGCCGUAAAAAAGGCCGGCGAGGAUUACCAGUCGCACAUCAAGGCUGGCAAGUCCAAGGAGCUGGCAUUCGAAGAGGCCAGCCAAUCGCGCUUCGUCGCUGCCAUGGUGCACGUCAGCGGCUUCAUUUUCCGUCAAUUCAAGCAGGCCGUCGAGCGCAUGGAGGACAAGGGCGAUGGCGUCAAGGAGCACUUGACCCGUCUGGCGGUGUUUUACGGCUUGUGGCGCAUGGAGGAGCAGGGAAGCUUCUUUUUGCGAUCCGGCUGGCUCAGCCCUGCCGAUUUCGAUGCUGUGCAAGCCAAGGUGACGGACUUUUGCGCGGAUACCAGAAAGUACGUCAUUCCACUGGUGGACAGCUGGUCCAUCAGCGACCACGUCCUCAACUCUCCCAUUGGCAGGUGGGAUGGCGACAUUUACAGGGCUUACUUUGGACGCGUCAGACAGCAGAAUCCUCAGCUCAAGGCUCAUCCCUACUUUGAAAAGCUCAUCAAACCCUUCUUGUUCAGACCCGACAUUGAGCUGGAGGAUUACGACGAGGCGAUUGGUAUUGACGAUGAGAUUACGGAAAUUCAAGAGGAGCGCGAAGAGGCUGCUGCCGAGGCCAAGGAGGCUGCCGAGGCUGCCAAGAAUGAAAAGUAG